AUCGAUUGAAUCAUUGAUUCAUUUGAAAAGAUGGGGCAUCAACAUGAUUAUGGCAAGAACGAUAUUGAAUCGGGAAGCAAUCAGCUUUACCCGAUGAUGCUCGAGAGCCCUGAGCUCCGAUGGGCGUUUAUUCGUAAGAUAUAUGCAAUCAUCUCAUUCCAACUCCUCCUCACCGCUGCCGUCGCCGCCGUCGUGGUCUUUUACAGGCCGAUUUCUGUUUUCUUUGUUACCACAAACACUGGUUUCAUCCUGUACAUCGUCAUUCUGUUUAUACCCUUCAUCACCUUGUGCCCUUUGCAAUAUUAUCAUCAGAAGCAUCCGGUGAACUUUAUUCUUCUGGGUAUAUUCACAACUAGCAUGGCCUUUCUUAUUGGAUUGUCAUGUGCUUUCACUAAAGGAAAGAUUAUCCUGGAAGCAGCAAUCUUAACAGGGGUGGUUGUUGGAAGUUUAACAUUAUACACUUUCUGGGCUGCUAAAAGAGGCCAUGAUUUCAGUUUUCUUGGACCAUUCUUAUUUGCAUCCCUCCUUGUUCUUAUGGUCUUCUCUUUUAUCCAGAUUUUCUUCCCCUUGGGUAAACUUUCAGUAAUGAUCUACGGUGGUCUGGCUGCGAUUGUGUUUUCGGGGUUUAUUGUAUACGAUACAGACAAUCUGAUAAAGAGAUUUUCCUAUGAUGAAUACAUAUGGGCUGCUGUGACUCUGUAUUUGGAUAUCAUCAAUCUCUUCAUGGCAUUACUAACCCUUUUCAGGGCUGCGGAUGGGUAGGAAUUAUUUGAAUUUGAUCUCUCUAUAGACUUUAUACAUACUGCAAAAUAUAAGUGUAAUAAUAUUGGAAAUUGUUUGUAAUAAUUGAUUGUCUACAUCAUGAAAACAGAUAAAAGAUUACAAUAAUUAAUAGUUGGUUGAUUCAUUUCAUGAUU